AAGUACGCGCAUCUGUAGAUUCAAGUGGCUUUCUGUGGUGCGCAAACCGCAGGCUUCUCGCUACCCUCGCCUUCGGACUUGGCCUCCCUCCUACCGAACGUCCACCGAGGUCCGAUCGAGGAGGGGUCAAGGUAUAAUAAGGGACACCAACGAGCGAGCCACCAAACGCAGCAGACAACGAUGCUGUUCACUGCCAAUGCUCGCAUCGCGGUCUCGCGCUCGGUCGUGGCCCUGGGCCGCCGCCGUGCACUGCACCAAUCCGCAGCACUGCGCAAGCCACCCGCGCUCGACUCGCAGCCAGUCAGCGGCAGCGCACCAGCCCCGCCGCCGCCGCCUGGGCUGUCGCCCGAGGCACGCAAGGCGCCAAAGGAGAGCGGCACCAUCUCGGCCGUCUUUGCCACCCUCUCGGGCGGCUCCCUCGCCGAGUCGCUUCCGCCGCGUUUUCUCGACGUCAAGCGCGGCCUCGUGCAGAGCCCUGCGCAUGCAGAGGCGCUCCAGCGGGCGUGGACAGAGGUGCUGUCAAGCCUCGAGGGCGAGACGGACGAGAUCAUCGCAAAGGGCUCGGCCCUCAUCCCGCAAAUCCACUACCCCGGCGACGACGUCGUGGAGCAUGCCAAGGUGCAGGAUUGGGUCGACCAGGGAACGCUGGACAAUCUGAAGAAGAGGGGCGCCGUCAUUGUCAAGGGCGUCGUGGAGCAGGACAAGGCGCUGGGCUGGAAGCAGGCCAUCCGGGACUAUGUCAAGCUCAAUCCUCAGACCAAAGGCUUCCCCGAUGACAACCCACAGGUGUACGAGCUGUACUGGAGCAAGGCCCAGCUGGCUGCCCGAAGUCACCCGUCGCUGCUCAAUGCAUCGCGCGCGAUGCUCAGCCUCUUCCACGCGCCAAGCCAGACAGAGGAGCGCUCUGCCUUCUCGCAGACGCCCCCACCCGAGCUGUCGGUCUCGCUGCAGAACCCGCUGACGUACAGCGACCGACUGCGGAUCCGCCUGCCCGGCGACAGCACCUUCGCCCUGGGUCCACACAUCGACGGCGGUGGCGUGGAGCGGUGGGAGGACCCGACGUUCCGAGGCUGCUGGUCCGACAUUCUCGAGCUGAAGCGGGGUGCCAUCGACUGGACCUCGCACGACUCGUGGAGCCUGGGCCCGGCCGCGCAGAGGCUGGGAGCCAAGACGGACAUGUACAACGGCCCCGGCGCUUGCUCCGUCUUCCGCCCACUCCAGGGCUGGCUGAGCAUGAGCGAGACAAAGGCCGACGAAGGCACGCUCCGCGUCCUGCCCCUGCUCACCCAGUCGACGGCCUACAUCAUCCUGCGUCCCUUUUUCAAGCCGGUGCGGCCUCGGUCUCAGUUUGCCACGCAGCGAGACUAUCUCCGUGCCGACAACUGGACUUUUGACCUCGACGACCCCCACUUCCCCGGCUGCACGCUGGGACGCAACAUUGAGCUGAGCAACGACACGCACCCGCACCUCCGCCUCGACGACGCCAUGACGAGCAUCCCCAAGGUCGAGCCGGGCGACAUGGCCCUGUGGCACUGCGACCUCGUCCAUGCCGUCGAGGCCCAGCACAGGGGCGCACCGGGCAAGGACUCGAGCGUCAUGUAUAUCCCUGCCAUCCCGCUGACGCGGGCCAACUUUGACUAUGUGCGCCAGCAGAGGGAGGCCUUUGAGGCCGGCACCCCGCCCAGCGAUUUCCCCGGCGGCGAGGGCGAGUCGAGGCACAACGGUCGGGGCACGCCAGUGGAUAUAACCAGUACCAUUGGACGGCGCGCCAUGGCUCUCGACGCUUUUGCCACAACGAGCGACAUGCCCGACGCAGAGCGGCAGCUGAUUGAGCUCUGCAACUCCCAGGUGUGAUCUCCUCCUCCUUCGUCUCUCUCUUUCUUCUCUCCUCUCGUCUCGUCUCGUUUCCUGGGGCUUACUGUGUCACGAGUGUAUGCUAUUGCGGUGCAAUGUCUAGAAAUAAAAAGAUGUGACCGU